UGUUUUGGUGUCACUGGGGAUGUCAGUGACACCAACCAAAUUAUAGACAUUCUGACACUGGGGGGGACUGACUACCUGCCACUGACAUCCCCACAGCUGUGUGCUCUUUCACUGUGUGUGGUGGGAGUGCUUUACACUGUAAGCACACGGAUUUGUAUGGCUCUGCUAUGCAGGGCCAUACAAAGCAGUGUGCAGUAGCUGACAGUGGAGAGAUGUGUUGUUUAUUCACAGGUCUCUCACCUGUCUGAGAUACUUGGCGAUCA